ACAGUGAGUGCAGUAGAAGAGGGUGAACACAUGGUGCGUGGAGCGCUGGACAAGUUUGACGACCCUCUACAUGCACAGUCCACUUCUACAGCAGAAUACCUGAUCAGCCGAGCUCAGAGCUUACUUGGAUCUCUGGACAGUCUGGGGAGGAACUACAACAGCUUUACACAGAACAAGAAAGUGACCCCUGACCUGGUGAGAACUGUGACUCAGUUUGGCCACCUAGCAGCUGACACCAUACUGCAGGGCAAGGCUGCCUCCCACAUGGCUCCUCUGGAACAGGGAGAAGAUCUUGCUGAGAAGUGUAAGGGUACCGGGGAGAAAAGUCUGGUGCUGCUCGGGUCACUACGCCAACAAGGGUCAGCUGAGGUCACCGGUCAACAAGUUCAAGAUGUGAAGGCUUCAAUUCAAGAUAUCAUCACUUGUGCUCAGGACCUGAUCCCUAAGAUAGCAGACAUUAAGAGUGAGCUGGGAGACCUGGUGGAGACAGAGAUGUCUGAGACGUCAGAGGCAGUGGACAAGGCUGCAGCUAAGAUCGAGGAGAUGCUGAACAAGUCUCGACAGGGCAGCUCAGGGGUCAGGCUGGAGGUGAACGAGAAAAUCCUGGACUCCUGUACAGAGCUGAUGAAAGCCAUCAAACAGCUCAUCAUCAAGUCUAAGGACCUACAGAAUGACAUAGUGGCACAGGGCAGGGGUACAGCUACAGCCCAGGAGUUUUACAACCGAAACCCUCGCUGGACAGAGGGACUGGUGUCUGCAGCCAAGACUGUCGGCUGGGGUGCAACUGUGCUCACGGAUGCAGCAGACAAGGUGAUCCAGGGAACAGGCAAGUUUGAGGAGCUGGUCGUCUGUUCUCAUGAGAUAGCUGCAAGCUCUGCACAACUGGUAGCAGCAUCAAAGGUCAAAGCUGAGAAGAACAGUGCCACACUGAAGGAGCUGCGGGCAGCUUCCAAGGGUGUGGCCAACGCCACGGCCAACGUUGUAGCAACAACCAAGUCUGGUCAGGCUCAGAUUGAGGAGAGUGACACCAUGGACUUCUCUGCCAUGUCCCUGACGACCAUCAAGCGACUGGAGAUGGACUCCCAGGUCCACGUGCUGGAGUUAGAGAGCUCGCUCACCAAGGAGAGACAGAAACUCUCCGACCUGCGCAAGAAACACUACCAGCUGGCUGGGGUGAGCGAGGGGUGGGACGAGGAGGAGGAUGCUGACUAG